AUUGAACGAACUCAACACGUGCAGUUUGAUUAUCAAUAAAGCUGAAGGAAAUAACUUUUUUUUUAUUAUGAAUAACAAUUUAUUUGAUGUUUCAGACGAUGAAGCGGAUGAUCUCCAGCUAUCCACUAACCAGGACUAUGCAAAAUCCUACAAUGUUCUACGCAAAAAGGAGCUGCUGCAGAAAUAUAAGGAUCGUGGUCUAGAGAUCUCGGAGUCGGAACUGGACAGUGACAGUGACUCGUCGGAUGAGGAGGAAGUGGAUGUGAAAUUUGAUCAGGAGUUUUUUAAAACACUGGCAUCGCUGAAAAGCAAAGAUCCUCGAAUUUACGACAAGGAGACAAGAUUCUUCGCAAAGAACGAAUCUGGAGACAGUGAGAGCAGCGAGGAAGAGGGCUCACCCAAAAAGAAACCCAGCAAGAACAAGCCGGUCACGUUGAAGGACUACGAACGAAAAGUUAUCUUGGAGCAUAAUGGCAAAUUUGAGAGCUCUGAAGAUGAGAAGGAGACGGACGAGCAAUUUGAACGUGCCCAAUCGCCAACGGCAGUGGAAGAAGAACGUCGCUUGAAGGCCGAGUUUAGGAAUGUAAUGAACCAGGAGGACGACGGAGAAGAUGAAGAAUUCGGUGGCAUCUUUAAGAAACGCACAAAGACAAAGGCGCAAACCGAGGCUGAGGAGGCAGACUUUGCCAAAUGGCUAGCUGGCAAGCAGGCGGAUGCAGAGAUUGAUGCCAGUGCAAAGCAACAGUUGGCUCCACUCAAGCAAUACUGGAGCAGCGGCAAACUAACACAAGGCGAGAGUUUUUUGCGCGACUACAUAUUGAACAAGGGCUAUGCGAAUACGAAUGCAUCCGAAAUACCCACCUAUGAUGAGAUCGUGGGCGAGAGUGCGCCGCUCUCGGAUGACGAACAGGAGCUGGAGAAGCAAGCGGAGUUCGAACAGAAGUACAACUUUCGUUUCGAAGAACCCGACGCGGAUUUUAUCAAGCGCUAUCCACGUACAAUUGAGCAAUCGAUUCGGCGCACUGACGAUAAGCGCAAGGACAAACGCAAGGAGACAAAGGAGCGCAAAGAGCAAGAGAAGCAGCAAAAGAUGAAGGAGUUGGAUCUAAUCAAGGAAAUGAAACAAAAGGAAAUUGAGGAGAAGAUCCGAAAGCUAAAAGCCGUCACGGGCAACGAUGAAUUGGGCUUCAGAGAUGAAGAACUCGAAGAGGACUUCGAUCCAGAGGCACAUGACAGACGCAUGCAGGAACUGUUUAACGAUGAGUACUACAACGUGGACGAAGGAGAGGAGAAACCCGAAUGCCCAUCGGAUAUCGAAGAAUUGGCCAUUGAGGACUGGGACAACUAUGACCCAAAAAAGAGCUAUGGCGCCGAUCAGGAUGCACAUUGUGAUGAUGAUGAUUUCAAUAUGGAUUGCGACUACGAUCCAUCCACGUCCAAGCAGAAGCUGCAGCAAGAACUGAUUGAAAAUACUCGCAGUCGCAAGGGUCGCAAAGGGCGACGCAAUCGAUUCAUGGAAAUGAUCCAGGCGGACAAACCAGCUUUUAAUCCGGACGAUGAGCAGACCUAUGAUGAAUAUAUCAAUGAAUACUACCAAUUGGACUAUGAGGAUAUUGUGGGCGAUCAGCCGUGUCGCUUCAAAUAUGUGGAAACGACGCCAAAUGAUUUUGGCUUAACAAUCGAAGAGAUCUUGCUGGCUAAGAAUAAGGAGCUAAACCAAUGGGCUAGUUUGAAGAAGGCAGUUCAGAACCGACCAGAUUAUGUGGAGAAAAAAGAGCAACGCCUGUACAAAAUGAAAGCAAAGAACGAGGAUCUCAAGCGAAAGAUAUUCAAAAGCUUGUAUGGUGAUGGAUCUGAUGAUGAAGAGGAGACGGGGCAACUAGUUGAAGCACAGUCGACGCCACAAGAUGAAUCCACUGAGCAGCCCGGAGCACCAGUUGCAGCAACGCAACCCACAGAGAGCCUCUCAAAGUCCAAGCGAAAACGUCUAAAACGCAAGGCGGCAGCAGCAACCUCUGCCGCAUCAAGUGCAACAGCUGCAACAAGCAAUGUAAAUGAGGAGCUCAAGUCAGCUAAACCAAAAGGGAACCAACAGAAAGAGACGACAAAGCCAGCGAUGGCAACGCCGGCGAAGAAGACAAAGAUUGAGAAAGUAAAGCCACAAAAAGCGAAACAGGAAACUGAAAAAACCAACUCGAAAAAUCCAUUUGCUAAAAAACAGUUUGCAAACAAAGCUGAGGGUAGUAAACCAGCUGCAAAUCGUUUUGAAAAACGGGCGCCAGUUGGACGCACAUCAGGAGCGAAUCCCUUCAAGAGAACAAGCAAUAAUGCGGAUGAACCACGUCGACAAGGUGGUGCUGGCUUAAAUCCACGUUCAAAGCGCGAUUUUAAGCCACACAGCAAGGGAAACAAUUCCAAUCCGAAUGGCAUCAGCGACGAUCGGCUCAAGGCUUACGGUAUUAAUCCGCGCAAGUUUCACAAUCGGCAGAAGUAUGGCAAAAAGCAACAGUAAACCGAUUCCGAUAAAUGUCUUGGAUAUAUUAUAUUAUUUUAAACAGGUUUAGUAGACUUAUUGUAAAUACAUAUGCAUAUGUAUAUGUAUUAAAAACAAUGUUACACAGAUACGAGAU